UUAGCAAAUUCAAAAACGCGCCAUUGGAUCUUUCUCCAAAACCCUCGUGCACAAAUCGGACAUUGUUGAAGAGAAGAAGAGAGAGAGAGAAAGAGGCGACGACGUCCCAAGUUGGUGGAUACGAAAGGAAGCUACGAAGAGCAAAGAAGGAGAGUGAAAAAUGGGAGGAGGACGACUCUUGGAUGGUACCAGUAUGCCUCGAAACGAAGAAUCCUUGCGCGCGAAUGCAGUCAACGUGAUGAUGGCCAUGGAAGAGACGAGCGUACAAGCACGAGCGACAGCCAAGUAUGCGCCCCCGCAGGACAAUAUGGUCAUGUUCAAUCUCAACGUCGCUUCUUUGAUUCACGGCAGCAAUGGCAAGGGAAGCGACCUCUCGCGUAUGAAGGCAUCUGCUGGAGAAGCACCUUUGGAUCCGACCACCAAUCGUGCGAGCGGUGGAGUCGCGAUCGGUGUCUCCGACAGCGGCCGCGACACUGGCAAUGGUCGACAGCAACCUGUGCAUGAUGGCAUUGGAACCUCCGUGUCCGGACAAGAAGAGCCCCCCAAGAAGAAACAAAAGAAGGCACCACCAAAGAAGAAACAACUGACGGCAGCAGACUUGACGAGAAUCCGCCGCGCGCAAUUCUUGGCCUUUUGUCGCUGGUGGAGUCGCACCGGGGACGGUUCACGUGUAACGACGUCGACAGCUACUCGUCUCACUGAGAAGGACUCCUCUGCCGCUUCCAUUGCUCUCGUCUUCAACACGGCAGCUUGCCCCAACUAUCUCAUCGGCGCUUUGUUUCACGAUCCAAUGUCGGAAUCAUCCUCGCCUUCCUUCUCGUGGAUGGAAAUUGACUUGAAAGGAACCAUUGUGCGCAAGGAGACGACCUGUCGCUAUGGUGUAGACAAAGAAAGCAGCAGUGACGACAAUGGUUUUGAUCGCUUGAUGAAGGCACUCGUCAAGCGCGACACGAUUGCAACCGUGGCCACGAUCGACGACUGGGAAGAUAGUAUCAAGAUGAACGACCCUGUCACUACGGGCCGUGUGGUGUUCUUGGAACAAGUUCCUGCUUGGCUGUCGCUCUCGCCUGACACGGGAACAAGCACCACAGGGCGAGCCUCUCUCUCUAGCCAUGGAGGAUCCGUGUCUUCUGACGUUGGAAUGCGAGAAACAAAGACAAGUGACACCACAGAGGAGGAAGAAACGACUAUUUGAAGAGUUCCCAGCCAAGUCUGUGGACCCAAAAUGCGCCACAUCGAAACAUGUUGAUGACAAUAUAGGCUAGAAUAGACUAGUCUUGCCUACUAGCAAGACGGUUGUGUUGAAAUUGCUGGCGUGUCAUAACGCAGCAAUCACUCGUAAUUUGUAAGAUUUGAUUGGAAACUGCUC